GCAUACCCCCUCAUACACUGGCUGCUGCUGGCCUGUCUGUGCUAAUCACUGGUUCUGUUUGUGCUGCUGGCUGCAGUACAGCAGUGAGGAUAUGAAGCUUCCUGUGUUCUGCUAGUCAUUCUGCUGCAUGCGCUUUUACUGCCACCAUCACGCGGAGGAAUUCCCUGCCGUCUCCACGGCUACAUCUGAGAGUGUGAGAGUGGAUUAGUGAGAGGACAGAAGAGGAAGCCAGACAUGCUUCAAAGCGACAGAUAGAGGACAGAGCUGAAUCUGAAAGUGGACGUCAUAUGAAGAUGUGCAGCACUUUUUUUUAUUUACGUGGGAAACACUUUCUCCUGGAUCUUUUUUUAACCUUUGUUUUUAUGGGAUUGCGUUUAUGUGGAAGAGGGAACACUGUGUCUUUAUGUGUGUGAGAGGGCGUGCGUGCUGCGUGUGAAUGUUUGUUCCUGAUGCGGUCAGAACGGGCUAGCCGUGUGUGUAUUGUGGUGCUGGAGGAGGUGGAGGAGGAUGAGCUCUGUUCUUCAUCCCCACCUCCGCGGCCCAAAUCCUCCCCUGUUCCUUCAUCCCACCAUGCCUUUCAGAAGGCUGCUGCUCAGGAUGACAAGCCCCACCUUUUAAAAGCGAUCUUCAGUGUGGACCCAGAUGAAGUGCGCUCCCUCAUAUUCAAAAAGGAAGAUGUAAACAUCCAGGACAGUGAGAAGAGGACGCCGCUGCAUGCUGCAGCCUACCUGGGAGAUGCUGAGAUCAUUGAACUUCUCAUCCUUUCAGGUGCAAGAGUUAACGCCAAAGAUAACAAGUGGUUGACUCCUCUUCACCGAGCUGUUGCUUCUUGUUGUGAGGAUGCUGUGGCAGUGUUGCUAAAGCACAGCGCCGACGUAAACGCUCGCGACAAAAACUGGCAGACUCCGCUGCACGUGGCGGCGAGCAACAAAGCGGUACGGUGUGCUGAAGCUUUGGUCCCGCAGCUCAGCAAUGUGAACGUAUCUGACCGGGCAGGACGCACUGCCCUGCACCACGCUGCCUUCAGCGGACACACAGAGAUGGUAAGGCUGCUGCUAUCAAGAGGAUCCAAUAUUAACGCGUUUGACAAGAAGGACAGACGAGCCAUCCACUGGGCGGCCUACAUGGGUCAUCUAGAGGUUGUAAAGCUUCUGGUUGAAAGCGGAGCUGAGGUUGACUGUAAGGACAAGAAGGGCUACUCCCCGCUCCAUGCUGCUGCCUCCAGUGGCAUGAGUAGCACAGUGCACUACCUGCUCGGCCUGGGUGUCCACGUGAAUGAGGCAAACAGCUAUGGUAAUACACCCCUCCACCUGGCCUGCUACAACGGACAAGAUGUUGUAGUUGGUGAGCUCAUUCAGGCAGGAGCCAAUGUCAACCAGGUGAAUGAAAGGGGAUUCUCUGCCCUUCACUUUGCGUCUUCCUCAAGGCAAGGAGCUUUGUGCCAGGAGCUGCUGCUGGCCCAUGGAGCCUGCAUCAACUCACGGAGCAAGGAUGGGAAGACUCCCCUCCACAUGGCGGCUACUCAUGGCAGAUUCUCCUGCUCCCAGGCUCUCAUUCAAAAUGGAGCCGAGGUUGACUGUGAAGACAAGAACAGAAACACUGCUCUUCACAUCGCUGCCCGCUAUGGCCAUGAACUCAUCAUCACAGCUCUUCUUAAACAUGGAGCAAACACUGCCAGGAGAGGCAUUCACGCGAUGCUUCCUCUGCAUCUGGCUGCUCUCAGCGGCUUCUCGGAUUGCUGCCGGAAGCUGCUGUCCUCAGGGUUUGUGAUAGACACCCCCGAUGAAUUUGGAAGGACCUGUUUACAUGCAGCUGCAGCUGGAGGAAACCUGGAGUGUCUGAACUUGCUGUUAAAUGUAGGAGCAGAUUUUAACAGGAAAGAUCAUUUUGGAAGGGCUCCACUACACUAUGCAUCCGCCAACUGCAACUACCAGUCUGUGUUUGCUCUGGUGGGUUCUGGGGCAAGUGUUAAUGACCCGGACCAAAGGGGCUGCACCCCCUUACACUAUGCUUCUGCUUCUGACACAGAUGGAAAAUGUGUGGAGUAUCUAUUGAGAAAUGAUGCUGAUCCGAGAGUGAGAGACAAGCAGGGAUACACUGCUGUGCACUACGCUGCAGCCUAUGGCCGCACACUCUGCCUGGAGCUGAUUGCCAGUGAAACCCCCUUUGAUGUGUUAAUGGAAACAUCGGGAACAGAAAUCCUGAGGGACUCUGUGAGCCAGCUCCCACUGAGCCCACUCCAUCUGGCGGCUUUCCAUGGACACUGUGGAGCUCUGGAGGUCCUCUUGUCAUCUCUGUUGGAUGUGGACGUUCGCAGCCCAGAGGGCUGGACCCCCCUCAGUCUGUCCUGCUCCAGGGGUCAUCACGAAUGCGUCUCCUUGCUGCUUCAUCAUGGCGCCUCACCCAUGAUCCACGACUACAUGCAAAAAAAGACGGCCUUACAUACUGCAGCUAUGAAUGGCCAUGCAGAGUGCCUGCGACUACUCUUGAGCAACGACAACCAGCACAUGAACAUAGACACACAAGACUCCAGUGGACAGACUCCUCUGAUGUUAGCAGUGCUGAGCGGACACAUCGAGUGUGUUUACUCUUUGCUCAGUCAUGGAGCGAGCGUGGAGUUUCAGGACUGCUGGGGGAGGACAGCUCUGCACCGCGGGGCGGUGACGGGACAGGAGGACUGUGUGGAGGCGCUGCUCCAGCGUCAGGCUGGAGUGUGUGUGAAGGACACCCGUGGCCGGACGCCUCUGCAUUUGGCGUCAGCGUGCGGCCAUGUUGGCGUCCUGGGCGCUCUGCUGCAGACCGCCGGCUCUUCUCUCACCCACACGCACCUCACUGACAACCAGGGCUACACCCCCCUGCACUGGGCCUGUUACAACGGUUAUGAUGCCUGUGUGGAGUUAUUGCUAGAACAGGAGAUGGUCAAGAACAUUAAAGGCAACUCCUUCAGCCCGCUCCACUGUGCUGUCAUGAGUGAUAAUGAGGGGGUGGCAGAGAUGUUAAUUGACUCUCUAGGAGCAAGUAUUGUCAACGCCACAGAUGCUAAAGGAAGGAUCCCCCUUCAUGCUGCAGCCUUUUCGGACCACGUGGAGUGUGUUUCACUCCUCCUGAGCCACGGCGCUCAGGUGAAUGUUGGAGACGUACAAAUGCACAGGACCCCUCUGAUGAUGGCAGCCCUGAAUGGACAGACCAACACUGUGGAGGUUCUGGUCAGCAGCGGUAAAGCCGAUUUGUCUCUGCAGGACACUGAGCGGAACACUGCGUUGCAUCUAGCUUGUAGCAAGGGUCAUGAAACCAGUGCCUUGUUGAUCCUGGAGAAAGUCAGUGACAGGAACCUCGUCAACUGUACAAAUGCUGCUCUCCAAACGCCGCUGCACAUUGCAGCCAGGAGGGGGCUAACGGUUGUGGUCCAGGAGCUGCUCGGAAAAGGCGCCAGUGUUCUGGCAGUGGAUGAGAACGGUUACACUCCGGCUUUGGCCUGCGCUCCUAACCGUGACGUGGCGGACUGCCUCGCCCUUAUUCUCAACUCUAUGAUGCCCACCACUCCCAUGGUUACCAUAGCAGCCAUCCCCACUCUGUCUCCCACUCAGCCGGUGAUCAACCACCACCCCAUCUCCAAGCACAAAGGCGUGGCCUUCGACACGCCAGCCCUCCUGCGGGCUGACCACGCCUCUCUCUGCAGGCCAGAGCGGCUCAUGCGCUCCGUCUCCACGGACGACGAACUGAACGACUCGGAUUCAGAGACGUACUGAGGACAGUCGGACACAACUCUGGCACAGCAGCCAGGCACUCAGGAGACUUGAAAAUAUAACAACCGAGAGUAAAAAAAACAAAAGUUCAACGUAGAUUAUUUUAGGUGAACUUCUUCUAACCUAAAAACAAACUAAACUCAAGCAGAUAUUCGUUUCCUGGAGGUGCAGUCCCAAUAAUACAAGCUGUAGAUAAAAGUGAAGGUCAUUAACAUUACCAGUGUCUUUGACACUACUAGCAGUAUUUUCCUCAACUAAGCCUCAUGUGUUUAUGGAUACUAUUUUAAAUGGUUCCAAACACUCAAAGGCAUAUUUUCAACCCUUAAAACAGCUAAACUUUAAGUAAAUUGUCUAAAAAAACACAGACACAUUAAUGGGACCAGCUCAAAGUUUCUUUUUCUUAACCUUUUCUAAACACAGAGCUCCUUUUUGAGCGGCUGUGACCGACACAGAGGACCAUCACUGAUGAAUACAAUUAACAAAGAAACACCUUCAGACUUUUUAAAGUGCAUUCUGACAGAAUGUGGAUGUAAAAUCUGUUUAUUACACAGAUUAUUCAUGUCUCUCCAUAAUUUAAUAGCACUAGAUUUCCCCCCAAAGAGCAAUAAAGCUUCAACAGAUACUCUAAAACCUUUAUUUAACAGACACAAAUACCAGUUGGUUGCAGUGUUGUCAUUGAUCCUUUCCACAUUUUAUUCUGUUACAUCACUUUUCCUUUUUAUUGAGGCUUUACAGAGUUUAAACUUUAUUUUUUAAUGUAUUCGUGUUAAAAGUGAACCUGCUUUGUCGUGUUCAGGGAAACACACAACAGAGAGACGGAGCGUGAGCAUCACAUUCCCACGAGGCCACAGUCUGCCUAUUUAUUUAUUUAUGCUCUGCUGGACAUUUUAAUAGAAGACGGAUCUGGACUCCUCAAGCACAUGAUAUCUGAAGACAGUAGUGGGAGCUGGUCCUGCAGAUCAGCUCUGAGAAGACAUCCAGAAAGCUCUCAGCUCAGCACACUCUGAUAGGUGGAGAGGACUGUAGUGCUUCCAUUUAGCUGGAAAUGAGCAAAGGUUUGACGCCUUUGUUUGGUUUGGCUGCUUUCACAACCCAAACCUCUUUUGCGAUGUCACACAGUUCCAACAGCUGCUCACUUUACCAGGAUUUUUUGUUGUUGUUGUGAUCAAUGUUUCUUAUUUUUUCUGGAUUUAUGCUGUAAGAGGUAUUUCCUCUUUCUCACAGCACACGGUGGUUGUGUCCAAAUUCCCUUAUUCCUCACUCCCUAUAUAGCUUUUUUUUUUCAGGAUGUCCGAAUCUACAAUUCCAAAUUCCAGUACCCUGGAAAUUUCCCAGGAGUCUCUGCGAAAAACUAGUGUGCAUCUAUGCUCAUUAGACUGGCAACUGUAGACCACAAUGCAUUGCGUUUUAAUGAUUUUCCAUUUUUAAAAAUUGUAUUUAAUUGUAUUUUCUUAAUAGGCUUUCAUCAUCGGAACACAUUGGUUUCAUAAAUGGCCUUCUUAAAAUGUUCAUAUUUAUUAUGUUUUAUUUUGGGAAAUCAGUGAUGUCAUAUUUGGCAAUUAAAAAAAAA